AUGACUUCUGAAGACGAGAAAAAGUCCAAUAAGAAAUGGCGUAGGUGCCCAAUUUGUUGGGACGCGGUUUACGCGAAAGAUCUUAAAAAUGUCAGAUUUUGGGCAGUGAGAAGCAUAAAGGGUGUCGGCGAUGGAGGAAUGAUAGGCGGAGAUGAAAUGAUUACAAUGCGCCUCAUUCAGAGAAGUGUAAAUUCAACCUUGGCAUUGCCGCGUUCUUCUACUUGGCCGUCUCGCGACGAAUCCUCAGCUCUUUCUUCGACUCCUUGGCACUUCUCUCCGGAUGUUCUUACAUUCUCAAAAUUGAUGCUUGCAUCUCCGGGUUACAUGCGAGAAGAGUAUAACAAAGACUUAAAAGAUCUUCAAGAUAUGCUUCAAGAAGCUAAAAGUUUUAAUUCAAUCGAAGAAAUUCCCUUUAUUGAAAUGGCCAUGGUAAACAUAAAGGAACAUCUUGAUGUGCUUCAAGCAUCUUCGAAAAUCGAUGUUGCUGAAGCUGAGAAACGAGCCCGUGAGCUUAUCGCUAUGUCCGAGAAGAAUUCUGAAGAAAAGAAUUUGCAGGCGACUCAGAGAAACAGUAGUGGAGAUGAUGAAGAUUUUUUUAAACCUGAAGACACCCCCCCUUCCUUUUUACCAGAUGAAUUUAGAGAGCAACCGCACAUCGCAAAUAUUUAUCUGCACUCUAAAUCAGAACAAAAAUCGAAAGCGAAAUCUGUUCAAUCAAAUGUUUCAAAUGACGGGUUUUAUCAUUUCUAUCAAUCCGAAGAUGGGCAGCAUAUCUAUUUGCAUCCAUUAGACAUUCGUGUUCUGAAGCAAGAGUUUGGAUCAUAUGAACGCUUUCCAAACGAAAUAACCGUCAAAAUUAUUGGCGUUGAAGAAACCACGAUCACCGAGGAACUUCGAAAGCGUUGCAAAUACCUUGGCCAUUUACCCUUGAGCUGUGAUGUUACAUUUUUAGAAGUUGAUUUGAAAGAGAUUGUUUCAGAUCUUACAUUGCAAGGGUUUUCAAGUACAUUGUUCUUCCGUAGGAACUUCACCAGCGUAGAAAUCGCCGGAAAGAAAAGGCUCAAAAAGAAAAAUGUUUGCACGAAAUUGCUACUAAAAGAGAAAGACGGAGAAACGGAGAUCGACAAGAAGCCGCCCGGGGUUAUUAUGAACGGACCAAAUGAGGAUGACUUGAAAAACAAUAAAACAUCAUACAGUGGUCCAAAGACCGUGUGGGGAACGCCGGUGGUGUCUAUUGCCACUGUAACUCCCCCUAGCAGUAAA